GGGAAAUAUUUCGUUAAACUAUCAUUUUUAUAUAAUGAUCACAUUGAAAUUGGUUUCAACUUACAUCAACAGUGCCAUUAGUAUCAUUAACUAUGAUCACAACUCUAAUGCAUCACUUAUUCCCGAGUCCUCCCUGGUAAACCCCCACUAAACAAGGUUCCGGGACGGAACGCUGCUUAAGGUUAGGUGCCUAACGCACUGCCGAGAUAUACUGAAGUCGCACUACAUAGCCCGUUUUUAGUAGGCCAGUUCCAGGUACACAACCCCCCUAUCACCCCUACUAAACAUAGCCCUACGUGCGUACCACAGAGCCCAGCCCUAGAGAUCGUCGCCGUUUUUAUAUUUGAUUUACCCACUUAUCUCAAACCCACUGUUGCGUAUUCGAAUACGGUAUGCCAUAAGGCUAGGCCCUGAUCUUUUCAUCCCCCCAAUUAUUCUUCCUCUCUUGUUCGAGUAUGGUCGCCAGCGCAAUAUGUUAGUCUGGAGCAUAGUGACCCUUUUGGUCUAUUAUUUCUGCCCUGUGUCUCUGGCUGCUGGAAAUGGGAUCGGAGCACAUUCCUGGCAGACAUGGGGGCCUUACCGACCAAAUCUCUAUUUCGGAGUCCGCCCGCAGAUACCCGAUACGUUCCUGAUGGGGUUGAUGUGGGCCAGUGGUGAGAAUCGAAACAAGAUGUUAAAGACUCUCCGUGACACGUGCGAGCAAGAUGAUGCUGUUCAAAGAUAUGGCUGGACUGCUUACGAUACGCGUGUCGGCGGUUCUCAAGUUAUGCACGACAAGGAACUUCACAUUGGUUUAGAAACGGAUUUUAUCAAGACUAGAAUUGGAGACAAUUGGGCUGUUCGCGUCGCUGGAACUCCUAGACCGGAUGCUCCCCAUAAUGUGAAGACAACUGUCAUCUUCCACACAGCCGUUGAGAAUUCAAAUGACGCGAAAACCAUUAUAUGCGGAAGUAAAGAUCUUGAGGGCACAGACAGAGAAAUAACAUGCCGUGGAGAAGUUGAUGCACUCGGCUCGUUCGAAUUCUCCGUGGUGGGGGAUGCCCAGAAUAAUGUCAUCCACGCCACCUCAGUAAAUAGCAUAGAGGUACCCGAGGACAAGAUAUGGCAAGCCAAAUCUGUUUUCAAAGAUCGCGUUACCGCACAUAUUGGGAGUGGGGAUGAUAAUGUGAUGAUCGCCCAUGAACCAGGCAUUGGUAACAUGCAUUUCAUUCAAUUGACAUUUGAAGGCCCCUUCGCGCUCACCUUUAUGUAUCGUGCUUCAGGUGCUGUCGUCUUGCGCCCGAACGUCGUAGAAAAGGGUCUUGAAACCUUUCGUUCUGCGUUUCCCACAGGCGUCGACAAAGUGUUUCCGAGAGCGGCUCCCUUCGAAGAUGAGAAGUACGCGAAUUUUUCGCAGGCAUUAUUAUCUAACCUUUUAGGUGGAUUGGGCUUCUUCCAUGGAGACAGCAAGGUGGAUUACUCCCGCGCCCCCGAAUAUGAGGAGACAGAUGUCAAAUUCUGGGAGAAAGCUUCAGCAGCAAUGGCUCGUGCCCCGAUCACGACCACAACGCCCACAUCGCUUCUAUCCUUCACUCCCUCCCGACCAUUCUUUCCUCGCGGAUUCCUCUGGGAUGAGGGUUUUCACUUACUCCCGGUAAUUGAAUGGGAUUUGGAUUUAGCUGUGUCCGUGCUUGAGAGUUGGCUAGACCAGAUGGACGAGGAUGGAUGGAUUGCGCGCGAACAGAUUCUAGGCCCCGAAGCACGCAGCAAAGUGCCCGAACAGUUCCAAGUUCAAUAUCCGCACCACACUAAUCCACCUACCCUCUCCCUAUUGUUCCCAGUAUUGAUCUCAAAACUCGCCGGAACAUUCACGUAUACCGGUCAUCCAUCUGAUUACGUACCAUUACCUGCUCAGGCUAAGGUCAUGAUGAAAAGGUUGUACCAUCCGCUUGCGCGACACUAUAAAUGGUUCCGUCACACGCAAGUUGGGGACUUUAGCGGUAAAUACCCGCGACCCGAGGGCGCGGUGGUGGGUGAAGGAUACCGAUGGCGUGGUAGGACACCGAUGCACAAUUUAGCUAGUGGAUUAGACGACUAUCCCCGAGCGAAUCCGCCCCACCCCGGCGAACUUCACGUUGACGCGCUCGCGUGGGUCGGAGCUUCCGCGCAUGCCCUUCAUCAGGUAGCAGUAUAUCUCGAGGAGGAGGAGGAUGCGGCCAUAUAUGAGAAACAUCUAAAGGAAGUAAAGCAUAAUCUUGAUGUGUUACACUGGGAUGCUAUGGAGCAAGCUUACUGCGAUGCGACUAUUGAGGGUGAUAAGUAUAAAAGGGUCUGCCAUCAUGGAUACAUUUCUCUUUUCCCUCUACUUCUCGGUCUUAUAGACGCAGAUCAUCCGAAUCUACCGGCCGUCCUGAGUUUGCUAUCCGAUCCUAGAAAACUGUGGUCCCCCCACGGGCUGCGAAGUCUAAGCGCCGCGAACGAGUUCUAUGGAAAAGAUGAGGACUAUUGGCGUGGCGCGGUAUGGAUGAACUUGAAUGUAUUGGCUGUGCUACGUCUCAAGGAUAUAGGUUUGCAAGGCUACACCAGCGGCAAAGAACCAACCCCCACGCAGAGUGAAGCACUGUCUCUCGCAGCCCAGCUAAGGGAGCUUGUGGUGGAAACCGUGUAUAAGAGUUGGGAGGAGACAGGCUUCUUCUGGGAACAGUAUAAGGAUAAGACUGGCAAAGGGAGCCAUAGCAGAGCUUUUACGGGUUGGACUGCUUGUGUAACCCUCCUAUUAGGUGUCGAUCUUGCAAAAUACACCGGGAACAGCCCGGAGAGUGCUGGCGCCUCGUCGUUUUGGAUGUCUAAUUGGGCUUUCAUGCUCGCUUUUGGUCUUCUAAUAGUUGCCAUGGCAUCUGGGAAGCGGGUGGUAGCUCGGGUAAUUCGAACGAUGAGACAGUGGCGAACGUGGAGGCAGGAUUGGACGAACGGGCGGAGGUAUGAACAGGUUAUAGAUCUGAGCGAGCGCGAGCCCCAGUACUAGGGACUCUACUACGGUACUGGACGCUCAUCUCAGCACCGAUAUUCUUGACCAUAUCGAACCAUCCCCCACAACAAAACGUACAAUAAACUAGCCACCUAGAGGCGAUGGUGAGAUAGUAGGUACACUAGGCCCCGAGACCCUUUAGGGACAUGCCCAGUAAAGCAAGCCGUUACAGAAUCU